AUGCCCGACUACUUCUCCGUCCCCAUCUUCUUCAUCGUCUUCCGCGAGACAGUCGAGGCAGCCAUCAUCGUCUCGGUCCUCCUCUCGUUCGUCGAGCAAUUGAUGACCACCGGUGCUGUGCGCCAGAUCGAUAAGGGCCCGCCCUACUCCCCCGCCAGGCUCCAGGAUGAUCCCCACUCCGACACCCUCUCCACCGAAGACGCAGCUGCGGACAAGCAGAUCUCCCAUCUGGUCAGGCGUAUGCGGAUCCAGAUCUGGGCGGGGACGAUAGGAGGGUUCAUCAUUGCCCUAGCUAUCGGUGCGGCGUUCAUAGCAGUCUUCUACACCAAACUCACCAAUCUCUGGGCGGAUACCGAACAGAUCUGGGAAGGCGUCUUCUCCCUCGUCGCCGCCCUCAUCAUCUACGUCAUGGGUAUCGCCUUCCUCAAGAUGGACCGGUCCCGCGUCAAAUGGCGGCUCAAGCUCUUUGCGGCCUUCCAAAAGACCCGCCAGACCGACACCACUACCGAGGUCGACCAGCACCACAAAUCCGGCUCGGGCGGUAAAUGGGCCCUCUUUUUACUCCCCUUCAUCACCGUCCUCCGGGAAGGUCUCGAGGCCGUCGUCUUCGUUGGCGGUGUCUCGCUGUCCGAGCCGGCCGUCUCUAUCCCCAUCCCCGUCAUCGUCGGCAUCAUCGCCGGCGGGCUCGUCGGUUUCGCCAUCUACAAGACCGGCUCAUCUACCACCCUCCACUGGUUCCUCGUCGGCUCGACCACCCUCCUCUUCCUCAUCGGCGCCGGGCUAUUCUCCAAAGCGGUCGGAUUCUUCCAGUACUACAUCUUCGCCAAGGGGGUUGGCGGGGACGUGGCCGAGACAGGUGAUGGGCCGGGGAGCUUCCAGGUGGCCGGCAAUGUCUGGCACUUGACAUACGGGAAUCCGGAGGUGGGGUCAGCGACGACCAACGGGGGAUGGCAAAUAUUCAACUCGAUCCUUGGCUGGAACAACACUGCUUCUAUCGGCACCAUACUCGCAUACAUCUUCUACUGGCUCCUCAUCGUCAUCACUCUCGUCUAUCUCAAGUGGUCCGAGGGGCGCAUGACCUUCCUCGGCAAGUCCUCGACCGCGAGGGCUAGGCGCGACGCCAGGCGUGCAGAGCUCGAGGCUGGUGGAGGAGAGGGGAAAGUGAAGGCUAGGGCGGGAUCCGAGUCUUCGAGUCGCGAGGGUCGGGCGGAUGAGGUGUCAGGCGUAGGUGCUUUGCCGAGGGAAGGUGGACUAGAAUCGCCGUUAUCGGAGAAGGGCGCUGAGAUGAAGGUGUAG